GAGCAGACGGAUUCUACCGGUACCAUGUGCUUGGUGGUCUUCUACACCACACCUUUGGGCUUCAACAAGUCCGAGGCCAUCCUGGAUGUCUUCUUUGCCUACCUCGGUGCCCUGAGGGCACAAGGUGUGGACAUGGACCUGUACAAGAGCCUCCAGGACAUGGUGAAGCUGCAGUGGAAUUGGAAGCAAGAAGCAGAUCCGUACGGGACAGUGUCGGACCUGGCCGAGGCUGUGCAGACAUUGCGGUGGUAUAUUAUUUUGCAUCAUAUCAUGUUAUAUAUACUAUAUUAUAUUGCAUAG